CUCUCUCUCCCUCUCUCUCUAGAUUAUAUUUAGCUCCGCGAAUCUCAUCGUCAUCGUCAUCGUCUUCGUCGCGUCUCCUUCUCCCCCCCGAUUCAAUCCAAUUCUGAUUCGAUUCCCUUCCAUCGGAGAAGAGAUCUCGAUCCGGAGGAUUCACUCAUCAUCCCCCAAUUCAGUCAUACGAUAGAUCUCGACCGAUUGUCUCCCUCUCCCCCCGAUUCGAUUCAAAAUUCGAUUCGGCUAAAUUCGCUUUAGAUGCUGGGUUUAGCACGCAAGGGUGAUGAUCACUCCUCUUCCGGGUUUUGGUCCAGUGACGUCGAUGGACUCAGCUACAUUCAGUUGCACAAGUUCUGGAGUGAGCUGUCACCGAAAGCUAGGGAGGAGCUUCUCAGGAUCGAUAGGCAGGCGCUGUUUGAGCAGGCUCGCAAGAACAUGUGCUGCUCUAGAUGCAGCUCCCUCCUUGUGGAAUGCUUCUUGCAGAUUGUUUCUCAUGGCAACAAGUCCUCCUUGCCACGGAAUGGAUCCAAAGAUGAUCGAACCUUUCUGUCCCAUAGUUUCUGUAACAGCUCAGCUGUUGUGAGUCAAUGGGGAGGCCUCACCGCCGGGAGGGAUGGAUCGCUCACGCUUCUUGAUUGCUAUUUGUAUGCUAAAUCUUUCAAAGUGCUACAGACUGUGUUUGAAAGUGCACGUGCUAGAGAGAGGGAGCGUGAGUUGCUUUAUCCUGAUGCUUGUGGUGGGGAUGGCCGGAUUUGGAUAAGUCAAGGGAUGUCUGGUUAUGGUAAAGGUCAUGGAACAAGAGAAUCUUGUGCUUUGCAUACCACAUGGCUCUCUUGUGAUACGUUAGUUGAUUUUUGGUCUGCUUUAGAAGACCAGAGCCGACAGUCACUUUUCACUAUGAAAGAAGAGGAUUUCAUUGAUAGACUAACCUCCAGGUUCGACUGCAAGAAGUUUUGUAGAGACUGCAGAAAAAAUGUCAUCCGAGAGUUUAAAUCGCUUAAGGAACUUAAACGAAUGCAAAGGAAAACUCAAUGUACCGAAUGGUUUUGUGUUGCGGAUACAGCCUUUCAGUAUCAGGUGGGCAUUGAUUCCGUUAGAGCAGACUGGAGUCAGUAUUUUACAGAGAAUGCUGGAUAUCAUCAGUUCGAGUGGGCUAUUGGAACUGAAAAGAGCGAAUCUGAUAUCCUCGAGUUCAAAAGAGUAGGCAGUAAUAGGAGUGCCCAAGUCAGUGGUCUAGACCUUCAUGGGUUAAAAGAAUGCUACAUUACUCUUAGGGCAUUUAAGAAAAAUGGCCGCUCCUCCGAGAUAUCAGUCAAAGCCCAUGCAUUGGGAUGCCAACAAUGCGUUCAUUCUAGGCUUGUGGUUGGGGAUGGACUUGUUUCAAUUAAAAGAGGGAAAUGCAUCCGAAUGUUUUUUGAGCAUGCCGAAGAGGUUGAGGAAGAAGAGAAUGAAGUCGCGAUGGAUAAAGAUGGGAAUGAGCUUGAUGGUGAGUGCUUCCGUCCACAAAAGCACGCUAAGAGUCCAGAACUUGCCCGAGAGUUUCUUCUAGAUGCUGCAAUGGUUAUUUUCAAGGAGCAGGUUGAAAAGGCAUUUAGGGAUGGUACAGCCCGUCAAAAUGCACACAGUAUAUUUAUCUGCCUUUCAUCGAAACUAUUAGAGCAGCGUGUUCAUGUUGCCUGCAAGGAAAUUAUCACCUUAGAGAAGCAGACGAAGCUUCUUGAGGAAGAAGAAAAAGAAAAGCGUGAAGAAGAGGAGCGAAAAGAGCGGAAAAGAACAAAAGAAAGGGAGAAAAAACUUCGUAAAAAAGAGAGGUUGAAGGAAAAAGAACGAGAAAAAGAGCAGAAGAAUCCAAAGUUUAUUGAUAAAGAAGAAGAAGUCUGUAUGAAUCUUGAUGAGGAAUCAAACAAUACCAUGAACUGCGAGGACUCAGGAACUGAAACUGGAAAUAUAGAAUUGUCUCCAGCUGGUUAUCCUGAUGAUCAAGAUGGAGAGUGUUUGGAUGGUUGCAUUACUUCAACAGCGGAAACCCACUGUUCUGAUAGUACUGAUAGAGAGAUUAUAGAUCAUGAAAAUGGGUGGUCAGAUAAAUGUACAUAUCUGGAGGAUGAGGCAAAAUACUGUAAUGAUAGCUUAGAACCUUCUUCAAGACGUAUUAAUGGGUCAAAUAAAAAUCUGAGGGUGAAAGCUUUGAAGGCUGGUGGUAGACCAAACAGCAUUAGGUCUCAUCAGGUGUUUCAGUGUUCAGAUAACAGGAAUGGUGAGAGGUACGAUGACCAUUCUUGCAGUUACAAACCCAUUAAUGGACACUGGGAAAAGGCAGAAUCUAAUAUAUCUGCAACCAGAGGCAUGCCAGUAACUGUGAGAAAGGGUUUGGACUCCAUGCAGCUGAAGCAUCCGCGAAACAGCUCACACUCUGACACACCACCAGUUACAUGUUCAACAUUUAAGGCAGGAGAAGUUAGUUCCACUGUGGAGUCAGCCGAGGCACAGUCUCGAUACAAGGCUAGAGAACAGUUGGGUAACGCCAAUCUUAGUGAUUGCAGCAAUGUGUCUGGUAAUUAUAUAAAUUCAACUGAGGAAGACAAGAAGAUGGAAGUUCACAUAACAUCGAAGAAUGAUGGUAUGUACUCCAAAGAUCCAAUGAUGAGUAGAAGCUCCAGUUCAGAUAAUUGCUCCUCAUGUCUCAGUGAAGGAGAUAGCAAUACAGUGUCUUCAAACAGCGGAAACUCUGGAUCCUCUCCGAUGUCUGACUUGGAAGAGAAACUAGUGGGCAAUGACAACAAUAUGCAUGACUGUCACGAGAAGAUGACAGAGAAAGAGACAGAGAAGGGUAUUGAUGAAAGAGACCUUUUGAGGAUUAAGAAAAUUUCCAACCAUCCAGCUGAAAACGAGGAAAGUAAAUUAUCAGAAACUCCUCCUACGGUUCUUAGCCAAAGCAUGGACAAUACGGUACCCAGUGUUAUUACUGGUUCCUACCUGUCCCAGCCACAAAGCAUGAUGUUUCCCCAAAUGCUUAACCAGAGUAUACCGUUGCCUGUCUUCCAGGGUCCUUCAACAAUGGGUUACUACCAUCAAGCUCCAGUCUCUUGGUCUGCAGCUUCAGCCAAUGCAUUGAUGCCCUUCCCUCAUCCUAACCAGUAUGUGUACGCAGGUCCACUUGGAUACAGUCUGCAUGGAGAGUCCCCGUUAUGUGUCCAGUAUGGGACCCCACUAAACCAUUCAGCAACCCCUUUCUACAACUCCGGGCCAGCUCCAGUUUUUCAUCCGUUUGCUGAAAUCAACACAAUGAACACUGCUGAACAAGUUCAAACUCUUGACCCACUGGAGAACAGUUAUCUCAAGGAAGCAGCAGAUGAAAGGAAAAUAAACAGAAUCUCUCCAGUGAAAACUCCAAGCAGCAGAGGUCCGGAAACUGAUAGUGGCGAAAACUUCUCCUUGUUCCACUUUGGUGGGCCAGUUGCUCUGUCUACAACUGCUCCUUCUCGUUGUCCCACUUUGGGGGACUUCUCGUUGCAGUUCUCAGGAAAUCAUGUUUUUGGUGACUCUGCUCAGAAGAAGAAAGAGAGGACAGUAGGUGAAGAGUACAACUUGUUUGCGGAAAGUAACAACAGCUUGAGGUUUUCUAUCUUCUAAAAGGUUUAUACCCUUUAUUGGAAAAGGUUUAUACAACUUGUUUGGAUUGUUUGGUGGUUAUUUGAUUUCAUGUGAAGAUCUCUGCAAUAGUUUUCUUGCCUUUUUUUUUUU